AUGGCAGCUUCGAUAGAGGAUGAAUUUGAAGAUGCGCCUGAUGUAGAGCCUCUUGAACCUACGUUAAAAAACAUUAUAGAACAGAAAUCUUUAAAAUGGAUUUUUGUUGGUGGAAAAGGCGGCGUGGGCAAAACGACGUGCAGCUGCAGUUUGGCUGUACAGCUGGCAUCAGUAAGAGAAAGCGUCCUUAUCAUCUCCACCGACCCAGCACACAACAUCUCUGAUGCCUUCGACCAGAAGUUCUCUAAAGUUCCAACAAAAGUGAAGGGCUAUGAUAACCUUUUUGCCAUGGAGAUCGACCCAAGUCUUGGGGUGGCAGAGCUGCCAGAUGAGUUCUUUGAAGAAGACAACAUGCUCAGUAUGGGCAAGAAGAUGAUGCAGGAGGCUAUGAGUGCUUUCCCUGGUAUUGACGAGGCCAUGAGCUACGCCGAAGUCAUGAGGUUAGUAAAAGGGAUGAAUUUUUCAGUGGUGGUGUUUGACACAGCUCCCACAGGCCAUACACUGCGCCUGCUCAACUUCCCCACCAUAGUAGAACGUGGCCUGGGUCGCCUUAUGCAGAUCAAGAACCAGAUCAGCCCCUUUAUCUCCCAGAUGUGCAACAUGCUAGGGCUGGGUGAUAUGAAUGCAGACCAGCUGGCCUCAAAACUGGAGGAGACGCUUCCUGUUAUCCGCUCUGUCAGCGAGCAGUUUAAAGACCCUGAGCAGACAACCUUCAUCUGUGUGUGCAUCGCAGAGUUCUUGUCCUUGUACGAGACAGAACGGCUGAUCCAGGAGCUGGCCAAGUGCCGUAUUGACACACACAACAUCAUCGUCAAUCAGCUGGUUUUUCCUGACCCUGACAGACCCUGCAAGAUGUGUGAGGCCCGACACAAGAUUCAGUCAAAAUACUUGGACCAGAUGGAGGAUCUUUACGAAGACUUUCAUAUAGUAAAACUGCCUCUGCUGCCCCAUGAGGUACGAGGAGCAGACAAGGUCAACACAUUUUCCAAACAGCUUUUGGAGCCCUACAACCCCCCCAAGUGACUUGCUUUUACUUAAAUACACACUCAGAAACACACUGGCUGUCCCUGUUUGACUACAUUACCCUUGUACAUCAAAAUCUACAUGCUCAUUAUAGAUGGGAUUGUGAUACAGAUGCUCAACACAAACGACAACAUUCGUUUCUUUUUAUCCGGCUCUUUUCCUUUUGCCUAGCCCAUUCUCAUCCAUUUAAAUAUCAUUGGUGGUUAUUUUAUUGUGAUGGUGACUUGUGUGUAUAAAGAAACGUAAUAAAACAGAAUGUGUUGACUUA